UCCAUAACGGUGCUCUUCAUAAUCAGAUCGUAGUUUUGACGUGCUUAAUCGCGGAAACUAUUUUCAAUUCAUUAACACAUCAUCGUGUGUCCAAGUGUGAGCACAUCAUGCAAAGAUGUGCCCAAGCAAAGCACAUGUCUUCUUCAAGCUUAAUAUGGGGUAUUUGGCGCGUAUUUUGGUGAAGCUUAGUGCAAAACAGUCCCAACUCAGACAUGGAGACACGAGGUGAGUCUUCUUCCUCUCCUUCUCCUCUAGAUCUCAACUAGAGUGUCAUUUAUAUACCCGCUCUCUAAUCCGUACUGCAGUCUUUGUACCUCUUAUGAGUACGCCUGCCCUUUUACUACAUCGACGUUUCGAAAUUGAACUGUCAAACUUUGGGGGUGACCUCGUUCUCCAAGAGGGUGCAGCGCUUCCUGCCGUAGGCCUCAGAAUGCAUCGUUAGCCCCCAUGCGCGUUCUGCGCGAUCAUCGCGAGUCGCAGAGAAUGGACCCGCCUCGCGAGCUAGAAAAUGGCGUCGAGACCGGCGCCUUUACGGAACCGACGCUUCACCACUUGAUGCCGCGCCAGUCUGUUUCAUUGGCGUUUUACUUCGCGCGGCGGAAAUAAGCCAUCAAGAGGCCGACGCAAUAUUUACGCGCCCGCUGCACAGCUAUGCGGAACCAGGCUACAGCGGCGCCCGCCGCCAGAGGAAAAAAAGGAGAGCGCGAAAGGAGAGAGAAACCAUUAUGGUGUGCUUUUCUCGCUCCUUCUUCUUCUUUUAUUAUUAUUAUUGCUGCGUUCUUUCUCUCUUUCCUUCCGUCGUCCUUUCUUUGCUUCACCGGUUCCAAAAAUGGUCCCGCUGCGUUAUAGCCGACUGAGGUCCUUUCCUCGAACCGUUCGUUUGCCAUUUUGUACACGCAAGCACAUCUCUCGCCCUCCGUACUUUCUUGGCUGCGUGACUCAGUGUGCUUUGUUUUCCUCUUCUCUCCUCGCUACCCCCCCCCCUUUCCCCCCCCCCACCCCGCAAUAUUCGGUCACAGUCUGAUUAUGACUUCUCGCUUUCUCUAGUACGGGGUUCCUUCUUGUUUCGCUCACCUUCCGUCGCGUGGUCUACUCCUCUGCCGGAAAGCUAGGCGUAUAGGUCAUCGCUCCGUGCGUAGGUACCCUGACAAGCCAGCGCAGUGCGCUCUGAAGGAGGACUCGCAUCGGUGUGUGCUGGGCUGCUCUGCUGCAAGCGGCUGGCUACGAAGUCGUUCUAAACCAGAGACCGCGAAUCUUCGCCCGGCUAUCCGUCGUCGACGGCGUGCUUCAGCAAGAGGGACUGUUAUUUGGAUAUACGAAAGGGAACCGGUACUCAAGCACUCCGGCGUUGGAAGCCAACAAGAAAUCAGCAAAGGCCGCAAGCAGCACCUUGCGUAAAUCGUCAUAUAAAGAUCCCUAGGCGACCAUGGAGGACGAGCGCGUUUUGCCGUUCUACGAAGUCAUAUCCGGGCUCCGGCUCGCCAACUUUUACCCACCGUACGCGGUCGUCUCCGGCCUUCAGUACAAGCCAAGGGACGGCGACAUCUUCCUCGUGACCUAUCCCCAGUGCGGCACGCUGUGGAUGCAGCAGAUUCUGUACGUUCUUCUUCACGAUGGUUCCUCGCCCAAGGAAGCCGCCAGCCUCUUCCGGACAUUUCCCUUACUGGAGCUGGAAGGCUCGGAAGCCGUCGAGGACGCCCUCAGUCCACGAGUCAUCACGUCUCACCUUCCGUACGACUUCAUCCCGAAGUCCCUGCGGGCCAAGUACGUCGUGCUUGUGCGCGAUCCUCGCGACGUCUGUGCGGGCAUGUUUCGACGACUCCGGACGUACCCGGCGUACGAGUUCAGUGACGGCCUGCUGAGCGACUUCCUGGACCUCUUCUGCGGCGACGCCGUCGACUACCGAGGAUACUUCGCCCACUUGCGGUCCUGGUGCGACCACCGGGACGACCCCAAUGUGUUCUGGCUCAACUACGAAGAACUGCAUUCUAAUUUUCAGGAGGCCGUGAAACGCCUCUCGACAUUCCUGGGAGUGGAGCACAAGCUCUUCAAGAGCAGAAGCGUAUUCAAGAAGUGUCAGGAGAAGAGCACCGUGUCUUACAUGAAGUCCAAGACCAAUAAAUACAUGGAAGAGUUCCUCUACAUCCCAUUCGAGAAUCUGGCAGCGGACACGAGGUUCUCCGAAGGGGUCAAGUCCUUCCACGCCUCAGUGCAGUGUUCAGGUUUCUUGGACGCAAUGUCUAGUGUUCGCUGCGUACGCAGUGGUAAAGUUGGCGCCUGGAAAGAUGUCAUCACUGCCGAUGAUGCCAAGAGAGUCGUCGACCGAACGGAACAGUUGGGACGUGACGUGGCGAAUGCUGUGUUUUAUAACAGGUGACAACGAAGAUUUCCGUAUAUUGGUGGAAUCUCAGCGAACGCUGGGAUGAUGCAACCGUAUUGCUGAAGUGGUGUUGUGCUACGUGUGAUCUGAUGCGCGAGAAAAAGUGCCGGAACGGAAGUUCUGAUGUCAGAUGAUGUCUCGCAGUUAAAUAAAGCCCACACAAAACUCACAUGCAGGAACAGGACUGAAGGUUGUCAUGUAUGGUAUGAGGAAUUGAAAAAAUA